CGGGGAUGUGCUGUGACCAGGUAGCGUAUUUAAUUUGCAGCAGACCUGCAGCUCUGUAUUUCCAGUCAUGGCUUCCUACAGAGUGAUGUGUGUGACGGCUGUGCUGACUCUGCUGAUUCCAGAGUCUGCGUCGCAGCUGUCUGUGUGUGGCAGAGCAUCUCGAAACACCAGGAUCGUUGGAGGAGCAGUGGCCCCUGAAGGCAGCUGGCCCUGGCAGGUCAGUCUGCACCGGUCUGGGGGCCACUUCUGUGGAGGAUCCCUCAUUAAUAAUCGGUGGGUGCUGAGCGCCGCCCACUGCUUCGAGACGAUCACAGCAGGCCAGGUGACGGUGUACCUGGGCCGUCAGACUCAAGCAGGACCGAACCCCAACGAGGAGUCUCGGAGCGUCUCACAGAUCAUCAGUCAUCCUAAUUACAACACUGUUACAGAAGACAACGACAUAGCCCUGCUCAGGCUGGCCUCAGACGUGCCCUUCACCGACUACAUUGUGCCCGUCUGCCUGGCAGCCUCAGACAGCUCCGUCCACGCGGGGGUCAGCACCUGGGUCACCGGAUGGGGUGCAUUAACAGAGGGAGGCUCUGUUUCUAAUGACCUGAUGGAGGUGCAGGUGCCGGUUGUGGGGAACAGACAGUGUAACUGUGACUAUGGAGUGGGUGAAAUCACAGACAACAUGCUGUGUGCCGGGUUCAGAGAAGGAGGAAAGGACGCCUGUCAGGGGGAUUCAGGAGGUCCACUGGUGAGCAAACAGGGUGAUGUUUGGAUUCUGCUGGGAAUCGUCAGUUUCGGAAUUGGUUGUGCCAGACCGGAAUUACCAGGAGUGUACGCCCGAGUGUCCCGCUACAUGAGCUGGAUCAACAGCCAGAUCAUCACCAACCAGCCAGGCUACGUCAGCUUCACGUCCACGGGGACUGACAGCGACCUGAAUGUCACCUGUGCAGGCCUCCCUCCGAUAACAACCACCAUGACCCCUCCAGACUCAACAACCUCCCCGAUCAUAGCCACCACCACCAAAACCCCUCCAACCAAAACUACCACCACCACCACCACCACCACCACCACAGCCGUUCCAACUAAAACUACCACCUCCCCAACCAAAACGACCACCACCACAGCCCUUCCAGCCAAAACUACCACCUCCCCAACCAAACCACCACACCACAGCCCUUCCAGCCAAAACUACCACCUCCCCAACCAAAACCACCACCACAGCCCUUGCAGCCAAAACUGCCACCUCCCCAACCAAAACCACCACCACAGCCCUUGCAGCCAAAACUGCCACCUCCCCAACCAAAACCAGUGCCACCACAGCCCUUGCAGCCAAAACUACCACCUCCCCAACCAAAACCACCGCCACAACAGCCCUUCCAGCCAAAACUACCACCUCCCCAACCAAAACCACCACCACCACAGCCCUUCCAGCCAAAACUACCACCUCCCCAACCAAAACCACCACCACAGCCCUUCCAACCAAGACUACCACCUCCCCAACCAAAACAACCACCACAGCCCUUCCAGCCAAAACUACCACCUCCCCAACCAAAACCACCACCACAGCCCCUCCAACCAAGACUACCACCUCCCCAAUCAAAACCACCAAAACCCCUCCAACCACCAGCACGACGUCUCCAGCCACCACACCCACACCGGUGGUGUGUGGUCAGGCCCCGCUGAACUCCCGUAUUGUGGAGGGGAGCUCGGUGGCCUCAGCUGGCAUUUGGCCGUGGAUGGCGAGCCUGCAGAGGAACGGAUUGCACGUGUGUGGUGGAACUCUGGUGUCCGAGGACACUGUGAUGAGCGACGCCGGAUGCUUCUCAAGGUGAAUCAGAGGGUCUCCUCGGUGGCGUCCGAGUGGACCGUGGUGUUGGGUCGACUGCAGCAGAGCGGCUCCAACCCCUUCGAGGUGACGCUGAACGUCAAAAACAUCACUCUGAGCAGCCUGAGUGGCUCCAACGUGGCGCUGCUGAGUCUGUCCAGCCGGCCCACCCUGUCUGACUACAUCCAGCCCAUCUGCCUGGACGACGGACGCACCUUCGCCGAGGGAACCACCUGCUGGGCCGCCGGCUGGAGCUCAGGACGAGGAGGAGAUCAACAAGUUCUCCAGGAGAUCCAGACCUCAGUGGCCAGCUGUGGAGACACGUCCACCUCGGACAACAUCUGUACCUCCAGCUUCAUUCUGGAGCAGGGCGACUCCGGUGGUCCGUUGAUGUGUCCGCAGGAUGGCUCGUGGUUUCAGGCCGCUGUGUUAACCACCGAAGACAACUCAACCAGCCGAGCUCGAGCCGACACAGUGAUGGUCUUCAUCAGAAUGACGAAGUUCAGGAACUUUCUGAGAGAGAACCUGGGACGGUCCUUAUCUCCGGCCUCCACGAACAGCAGCACAACCAACAACAACAGCACCAGCACCUCUGUGAACACCACCGCCACCCCAUCUCAGACCACCGCCAGUGGGGUUGCCUCCAGUCCCUCCACCUCCUUCAUUAUCUUCUUCCUCCACCUCCUGGUUCUCGCCAACAGUCUUAAAAUCUUCCCAUAGAAUCAUCCAGCCUGAUUUACAUGACGUGAUGAACACAUGUGAGAUGAAGGCGGAUCCAGUCAGAAACAGACAGCCUGUCCUCAGUCAGAAACCAAGCUAAAGACAUCAGGAACAAAACUCAACACAGUCCAGAAACCAGAGAGAAACAAGACAAACUGGUCAGAUACCAUCCAGUGCCGGAACAAAACGAGCAGAACAUCAACCUAAAUAUAGUUAAUCAAAUCAUCUACAAAGAGUACCAACCAGUCAGAGGUGGCUGAUAAAAACAUCCUGUGACUAAUGUUACUGCUGCUGGAAAAGAAAAAGGAUGAUUGACUAUUUAAUGAACAAUUCCACUUUGAGCACUUUCCUGAUGUUUCCUUAAAAAGAAAAGAUUGAAAUGUAUACUACGCCUGCUUUUUAAUGAACUGUCAGCAGUAUAAUUCAUCAUCGAGGUAAUAACUAAGAGCAAGUUAUUAGAAGACAAGUACAGUUUCUGUGUUGAAUUGUACUUUUUUGUGUAUGUGUUAAUUACAAGUUCACAAAUUGUGCCAUUGACUGAAAUUGCUCCAAGACUGAUUUACCAUCAAAUGAACAAUUUUGCCAGCUUGAAGGUUAAAAAAGGAACAAAAAGCUUCCUUGUACUUGCUACAUAGAUAAGACAGAUAAGAACCGCCGGCAAGUUUAAAGUAUAUUUAUUCCCUCAGUAUGAAAAUAAACAAUUGCAGUACUGUG